AUAUAUAUUUCUAUACUAACAGGAGCCACUGAUAUUGCACACAUUCAUCGUGUAUACAUACACGGGCAAAGAUGUGCGUUACCAUCAGUCCAGACAGUUUAAAGUGGACACAUGCUUUGUCGGUUGGGCAACGUGAAAUCAUGAGCCUCGUGUGAAGGUAGAGUGAACAGAGGAAAGAAAAUGAGGAACCAAAAAAGACUAUUGGCAUUGUCUUUCGUUUCGCUUCUUCUCUUCCCUGGGUUGUGUUUAUACUGGACCAUCUACGACAUUGUCGGAGGCAGCAACAGAUGGAAUGGAACGCCUAUCCCCGCUGGCAAUGUUGAAGGAUCGAGUGAUAUCAGCCCGACAACAGAAUACUUUGACUCGUUGGACUUUGAAGGAUUCGAUAACGAGACCGGACGGAGUUAUGGCGGGCGUUUGGUCGUCCCCAAUCUGGUCCACUACAUCCGUUUCAACAAGACGACGUUCACGUUCGUCGACUACAUCUGUUUACGUUCGGCCUACAUUCAACAGAAACCUGAACGUAUUUACCUUCACACGAAUGUCGAUGAGAAUAAUUUGACGGGCCGCUAUUGGAAGUGGAUCCAAUCGGAACCGGAUUUGUAUAGACGCAUUGUCCUCCAGCCGAUUGAAUUGCCAUCGGAGAUUUUCGGGCAGCCCCUCAGCGACGGAUGGCGACUCUACCACGGCUCGGACAUUGCCCGCAUCCGCACCAUGAUGAAGUAUGGUGGCAUCUAUUUGGAUAACGACGUCUACGUCGUUCACAAUCUCGACAAGUACCGUAAAUACGAAAUUGCCAUGGGCUGGGACGAGGGUCAAUUUCUCGGCAGUCAGGUCAUCAUCGCCCAUCGCAACGCUCGUUUCCUUCCCCUUUGGCUGGACACCUACAGACAAUAUCACGCCGAUUUAUGGUAUUACAAUGCAGGUGAACGUCCUACAACGGAGAUCCUACACCGGCAACCUGAACUGAUGCAUCGCGUUAAAUGGCGGUUCGGUGUCCACAUGUUGAUGCAAGAUUUAUACGAUUCGAUGGAAUGGCCCGAUUGGCGCUUGAAUCAGGACACGGUCCACUUGCUAAUUAAUCACCGCUCUUACCUGGAUCCUCAUUUCAAAGAAUACCCAGAUUUCAAUGACCGUAAUAUUCAACAUUACCCGUACAUGUUCGGACAGCUGGCACGUCUUGUUCUGCCUCAACGGCCUAGUCCAGCAACAGUUCGACGGCACCGAAAUUCGACCACUGCUGCGUUUGACGCAACCGUGAGUGGGCAGCGGUCACCCGAUCCUACCGAAGACUGAACAUCCUACAUUUCCUUAUUUGAUAUGCUUCUUUAACUCUGGUCAUGAAAUAAUACUCUUGCCGUAAUGGAAUCCAUCGACAUGGUGCUGUCUUUAUUUUUAUUUCACGGGAAGUUCAUCUUUGGCCGACUGCAAUUCCGAGCGUGAUCUUGUUUCCCGGCGUUUACAGUCAGUCCUUCUUGCCCAAGAGAGAGAAUUGAAGAGAGUGGUUCGUCUUAUGAGAAACACGAUAACGCGUGCUUUGUAUCCAUGUCGUCGUUUCGUGUGGACAAAAUACGAAAUUUGAGAAAAUGAUUUGCUUAUCUUGAUAUGUACCGUGACCAAAAAAAAAAACUUGUG